AUGGAAGAGCUUCCCAAGUCGACAUGCGCCACAGACCUCACCUCGCAGUGCUUAUGCACCAACACUGCCCUCAAUCUUGCGGUAGCCGCCUGCUCCCAAAAGACAUGUACGAUCUAUGAGCUUAUGCAGACCAAGAACAUCACCAGCACUGGUUGUGGAGUACCUGUUCGCUACAAGGGUGACUCGUUUAUGGCUAUUGGCAUCACCGGAGCUGUCGUGGCCAUAUUAGCCUUCAUCCUGAGGAUGGCCGCUAGUAUAGGCAAGAAGGGCCGCCAGGUAUCAUGGGACGACUUGACGAUGUUUAUUGUUGUCUUGAUUGCUAUACCUCCAGCGGUCUUUACCCAUUUCUUGGUCAAAAACGGUCUUGGACGAGAUAUUUGGACACUCAAGGCUGACCAGAUCACCAAUGUCCUAUUCUACUACUUCCUGGGAGAAAUCUUCUACGUUACUGGCCUUGGUGUCUCCAAGAUCUCGAUUCUCUUCUUCUACCUUCGCGUCUUUCCGGCCAAGAGCUUUCGGAUCCUUACUUACAGUGUCAUGGGCGUCUGCGGUGUCUACACAAUCGUUUUCUUCGUCGUCACCCUCAUGCAAUGCCGGCCCAUCAGCAUGGCUUGGGAUCAAUGGGAUGGACUCCACGAGGGCAGCUGCAACAACAUCCAUCUCCAAGGCUGGAUCGCGGCCGCUAUCAACAUCUUCCUGGACGUCGUCGUCAUGGCACUCCCGAUGAAACAUCUAGCAGCGCUGAACAUGGGUAUCAAGAAGAAGGUCAUGGUCAUGUCCAUGUUUGGUGUCGGUAUCUUCGUCGUCGUCAUCUCGGUCAUUCGCUUGGAAUCCCUCAUCCACUUCUCGAAUACGCAGAAUGUCACCUGGGACUACGUCGACGCCGGUCUAUGGAGUCUUAUCGAAAUCGACGUUUCGAUCAUCUGCGGAUGCAUGCCUGCUCACCGGCUAUUGAUCGCUAAGUUCUGGCCGAAGAUACAGUCGACAAUCGGAGCAAGCAAAGCCCUUUCGACGAAAGGGUCAAAGUUCAACAGUACCAACAACACGACGAUCAGCUCUACGGCCCCCGAGAAAUCAGUCCGUCUCUCCAUAAAGCCGAAAGCCAAGGACGAGAACAACUUCAUUCCCUUAGACGACAUGGACGACAACAGCGAUCGAGCAAUGCUGACGAAACGAGACACCGAACGAGACUCUAGAGGUUGGAUCGUGGCAACACAUGAAGUGGAAGUCACGCACAGGAAUGCUUCGGUGGUCACAGAGAACGCCAAUGAUGGUAAGCCACAGGACUGGAACAAGCCUCCUAUGAUGGGAAGAGAACAUGUAUGA